AUGGACAAGACUUCUACUGAAAAGAGGAAUGGCUUCUAUACUGUCGAUGCUGUCCCACUUCAUCAGUCAUCCAAAAAACCCUAUCAUUUGGAGAAACGCUUCAUGCGGGAUGUAAACAUCUCCCAUGGUGCUUCCAGUAACCACAACAGCAAAAAGAAUCAAGUCGAAAUCAAGAGGGAGGCUAUCUUGGAAGAGCGAAGACACAGAUUGAACCAGAACUUUCUGAAGGUAAAGCGCAUUGCUAAAGAAGUCAAGGAUCGUCAGCAAGACAAGAUCAAUCUAUUGUCCAAAUCAAUGCAAGCUGCUGAGACCAAUCGAAAUUUCUACAUUGAACAGCGAAGAGCCAAUUCGAAAAAGACGGUUGAAAGGGCCAAAUGCAUUGCUCACCAGAAUCAGCUUAGAUCAGAACAGGAACAAGAGAGACGUAAGGCUGAACUCGAAAGCCGAUUGCAGAAGACAGAGGCAAGACGAUUGGCCCAUUUAAGCAAAUAUAAAGCGCAAAAAAAGCAAAAGAAACCUCUUCCUCCUUCUUCUUCUUCUGCUACUACAAUUAUUACAACUAUUGAAUCACCUUUGCCCGCAGUAAAAUCAACCAUGCCAAGCACUUCUACUAUCAAAUCACCUCCAUUAUCGCCAGCAUUGCAAGCUCCCAAGAAGAAGCCCUCAUCAUGGUCCAUCAUUCUGAGAGCAUUCCGAGAUCUGGGUUUGCCAUUGCCAUCUCAACCUGAUACUUGGCUUGAAUUCAAUUCACUUGGCAAGCUGCUUCAUCAAGCCAAAGUCAUUGUCGUCACUACAAAAGUUCUGAAUACAGCUCUCAAGUUGACUGAUGAGGAAAGCAGACAUCGUGCCCGUGUUCUUUUGACCUCAUACAUGACCCUCAUGUGUCCCAAGGAGGUAUUGCAGGAUGUGAAUGGCGCCGAGGAGAAGAGACUGCAUGCUGCAGCCAAGAACAUGCUACAGCUUUUUGAGAUCUGGCUUCGUGCUCAUGGCCGCCCUGGAGCCACGGCUGCUCGUCUUGCCUUUGUGGAUGCUUGGAAUGAUUACAAUCUAUUGUUUGAAACUUGGAAAUCCAGAGAUUGUGAUCAGCUCGUCAGGAACAUGACCAACUACUAUGUGGAGCUUUCAACGUUGAGACAAACUGUCAUUGCGCAACAAAAUGGAGACGAAUCAGUUGGAGAGCAAUUAAAACAGCAAUUGGAUCAAAUCAAGACCAAGCUUCAAAAACUGGGUGGACCUGACGCCAUGGAGAGAUUGCAAAGAGCAUUGGAAGCUACAGCCUCAUCGACAUCAACCGGACGAAGACAACAACAGCAAAAGAACACUCCUCGCUCGCCAGAAAUGGAUGUCGAGUACGAAUCUCAACAGAAUGCCAACAACAGCAAUGCUAACCCGGAGCAGUUGGGCCAACUUUUGAAUGGUUAUGUACCCUCCUCUGGCUUGACGAAUGAGCAAUUGGCGCAUGAAUUGAUCAUGGAUCCCGAGUUCAAAUUAAAGAGAUACGCGCCCAGCAAUGACUUGGAAAAGCGUGUUCGCAUGAUGGCUGAAAAGGCAUUUUUUGACAAGAUAGCUGACGACAUUGAACAAGGUACAGCUCACACAUCAUUGCCUGCUUUGAUCAAGGAUGUCAAGAGCCGCUUGUUGUCAUUGGUGCGCUCUGGUACUUCCAUGUACAAUAGCAUUAAUGAUGCCAUUGAUUUGACGAUCAUUGAACAGCAAAUGAAACAAAACUCAUUCAACAUGCAAUCUAUGGUCCACUACGUUUUGGAUACAAUGGCGAGCAUGUGUGCUCCAGUGCGUGAUGAAGAGAUCCAAAAGGUUCGCACCUCCAAUGACAGCUUGAUGGAACAGAUCAAACAAGUGAUUUCAAUUUUGGAGAAUAUGAGUCUGGAUCUCGCCAACUUUAGAUUGAGAUCGUUGCGGCCACACCUUAUGUCCAUGGCAGUGGAAUAUGAAAGAAACAAGUUUGCAUCCAUGUUGAAUGACGGCACUAUCCAACUUGUACGAACAAAAGCCUGGCUUACUCAAUCAGCAGAUAAGUUAUGUCAAGUGGCUGCUCAACGAAAUCCCGAAGGAGUUCAACCUCAAAAGAACAACAAGCCCUCACAUGAUGCUAUUUUUGAAGAUGCAUUUGUAUCUUUGCUUUGUCAGACCCAACCCAUCACUCAACUGGACCAAGUUCCUGAGACCUUAGCUUUGGACGCUAAACGCAUGGCCGAAUUCCAAAAUGAAGUACAAGCGACAACUAUGGUGGCUGCUCUAAUCAUGCUGGCCCGAAAUUUUGGCUCUGCAAGUCCUCAAACAUUAUCUGAUUUAGUCGUGAAACUAUUUACCAUGUUGGAAGAUGACUCAACUUCUAUCGACAAUCUGGCAUCAGAAAUAGAGCGCUCGGUGAAUGUACGACCCGAACGAAGAGAGAUGGUAAGAACCAUGGUGGAUAAGACAGUCAAUCAUAACGAUACGGUAUAUUCUCUGCUCUCACGGCGUGUAGCUAUGGUGAUCAAGAGCACUAUACAAAGCAACAAAUUUGUAACGGAUGCAGUUUUAUCCAGUAAUGGCUUGGAUCAUGUUCGAGGUCAUUUGCAAUCGAUUUCCCUGAAAAUACAACGAUUGGCCCAUCAUCAUCGAAAGGUUUAUGCCUCUUGGUAUAGUGAGAUCAUUGCAGAAGCGUUAAAUGAAAGCGUUAUCAUCACUCCCACUGCUAGUAAAGAAAUGCAAUAG